UUUUCUUUCCCCUACAUAUCAAUAAAAAAAAUGGCAGAUAAAAAACGAUUUGUGUUUGCUGAAAGAUCAAAAUCAUUACAUAUUGCAGCUACCUGUGGACUCAGUGUGAUUUCUGAGCAACAAGUCUUGACGGGAUAUCAAAUUUAUAUUGUAGAACAAUGGGUUUGCGAUCGCAACAUUGGUUCCAAUGUUGUUAGUGUAUUUACUGGCGAUGAAAACCAUACUAUUCAUGUAGCUGUAAUUGCUAUUUCUACAGCUGAAUUACAACACCCUCGACCCCAAAUCCAGUCUUUACUCAACACAAAUGCCGACCUAAAGUUAAAACCAACACCGUUGGGAGAGAUUCAACUAACAGAUCCAAGCGAAUUACCGUUUGAUAUGGAUAUGGUCUUGAUACCCGACGGAGACUAUGAUCAUUGGAUUCGUCAAGCUCAUGUGAAUAUCAACUUAAGACGAACCAACUGCACAGGUCGAAGCUCGCUUAAUCUCCGUCCACCAAAUCCUGCGUCGGAAGAAAAGUUUCGGUCGUUGUACAAAAUAGCAGAUUCAGUCCCCUUUGAUGAUGCCGUAUUAAGAUUGGUGACGCUUGUUCAAAUCGCUCUUUACUUGUUCAAGCUAUUGGAUAAGGAUUACAUUGAUGGAUUAAUCUGUAACCAAACCAAUGCAGCUCUAUGGACUUUUUAUACCAAAUACGAUCCAAUCAAGACCACAGAAUUUUCUUUAAAAGAACCAUGGAUGGAACCUCAUUUACUCGCUGCCAUUAUAUCUAAACUCAUGAUGUGUCGAAAUAAAUUACAAGACUACAACUUCACUACUCUAAAAGACCCUUUUGCCGAUUUUGAUCAUUUUCGAGCAGACAUUGGCGAUUACCAACGUUACAAGAAUAUUCGCCCCACUAAAUUCAUUGAUCUCGAAACCCUUUCAAAAUUAAACGAACAUGCUUACAGUCAACUCAAAGUUCGAAAAGUCAUCAAAUCCAAAUUAGACGAUAUUUCAGGUAUCACAAAUUCUCCUUUAUUUAGUGAAACUUCAGAUCCCGAGGUAUUUCGACAUCAUGCCACCAUUGCAAGUUUACGAGCAAUUUGGCGUCCUCGAUUAAGAGGAUCAACUGCAUUAUCUAAUUCAAGCACACUUAGUAGCAAUGGAGAUCAACAUGAAUUAAUCGGCAUGAUUAAAGGUGUAUCCAGAUCCAGUGGGGCCGCUUUUAGUCGUGUAAUACCUUGGAUCACUACCAACGAGAAUAAACGACAACAACAUCAUCAACAUUACCAAUCGCCUACCACUUUAUCGCCUAUCAGUUCAUCACUUGAUCCCAUUGAUUCUACCAUGACACUUGACGAUCC